UAACGACAGUAACGUGAAAUCAUAUAUAUAGCACGUGAUAUAAAUUCAUAAUACAGUUUGAAAAUAUCAAUGUGAAAUGGCACUGCAUAAUAUUAACGAUAGAGUGAAAUUGAUUUAUGCUAAAGCCAAGUAAGUUUCGUUUAACCCAGACAAACCAAAACCACCUUCUGAUUGACUCUUCCUGUUGAACUUUUAAAGUUUAAGGUGGUGUCAUUUUAGCGCCUUCAGGAUUGUACUCAAUUUGUAGUUUAAGAUGGCUUCCAGGCGUAAAGUUCAAGAACUUGAUAAGAAUGUAAAAGUACUUAGAGAAUUAGCUAAAUUACCAGCCAACAGACAGUGUUUUGACUGUCACCAAAGAGGACCGACAUAUGUAAAUGUAACAAUAGGAUCAUUUGUUUGUACGUCAUGCAGCGGAAUACUACGAGGAUUAAACCCUCCACAUCGGGUGAAGUCCAUUACAAUGACUAAUUUUACAUCUGAAGAAAUUGAUUUUAUCAAGCAAAAAGGAAAUGAGUACUGCAGACAUGUAUGGCUUGGAACUUACGAUUCUAAAGCAUGUAUGGAGCCUGAGAUAAGGGAUGAACAUCACAACAGAGAUUUUAUGAUACAAAAAUAUGAGCGUAAAAGAUGGUAUGUUCAUCCUGAAACAGUAGUAAAAAAAAAUGCAGAAUGAAGAGCGACAACUUUCACAAACUCAGCCAUGUAAGCCUGAGCAGAAAGGUGGCCAUGCUACCUUAGUUUCCCAGAAUAGUAUACCUGAGACAAAACCUCUUUCCACCUUAUUAGGAGAGACUCCUGCCCCUCUAGUCAUCCAAAAUAGCAAGCAAAACAUUUCCUCCUGGAGUUCCAGUGAUACCUCAUCAUUAGAACCACCAAGAGCAUUAAAAAGUCAAGAUAUAAACACUGAUUUUUUUAGAGAUUUUGGAAAAGAUCCCUUUGCUCAAAAUACAACAGCUAAGUCAAAUGAAACUGAGUCUGCAAAUGGGAGCUUUGCUAAUUUUGAUAGUGUAUUUACUGCACCAAUAUCAGAUGCUCAGAAUACUGGAGAGUUUAUGACCCAAGGUUUUGCUGUAUUUCCAAGUUCAACGUCUGCAGGAUCUUUUUUUGACCAGCAGCCCAACAUGCCAUCCCAGCAGAAAGUAAAAACUCCUGCUACAGACAAGUAUGCGGCACUUGCUGAUCUCGACAGCCUUUUUAAUCAACCCACCCAGCCAGCCACAACUACUGAAACUGCCUGGUCAGCCACUGGUAUUAGGACAUCCUCUGUGUUAGGAGUUACACCUACUACUGGCUUAGUGUAUGGAACAGGUGCAUCCAAUCCCUUUGCUACUAAUACUGCUCCAACUUGGAACCAACCAGGCCCUGGAUACCCUGAGCAGCAGUCCUAUUUUUCAUGUGCUGGCUCAUUCCAGGGUACUUUUCCACAAGCUGCAGUCUAUGGUGUUCAAGCCCCUACACAGGGUGGCUCUAGUUUUGGCCAGUAUGGAACCCCAACACCUAUCUCUGCAAGUGAAGUUAACUAUGGUGCCUUCACUGGAGCUUCAGCAUCAAACACAUCCUUUGGAUUUUCACCAGGUGGUUUUAGGGUAAUGAACUCAUCUGAGACCGUGACAGCAAACCAUGCUAGAGUACAAAAUGGUGGAUUUGGUGUGGGAGCAAUAACAGCUGGAUGGCCUGUUGGAGGUAUGACGUCUGAUGGUGUUCAAUCAAGUGGAGUUAUGUGGAAUGUUGGAACUGGUCAGCAAGUCCAUAUGAACAUGUUUCCUGGAAACAAGCUUGAUGGUUACCUGCAGCAGCAGCAGCCUCUUCAGGUGUCAGCUAAUCCAUUCACAGUGGCAAAUGGCUCUACUCAGCCAGUGAAGUCUAACCUUGGGAAUCCAUUUCUCUGACAUUAUGAUCUUCAAAAGACUAUUGGUGCACUUUCUUUGUGUGGAGUUUAUUUGGUUUGAUAUUCAAGUGUAAACCCACAUAAAUCCAGUCAAUUUAUGUACAAACAUGAUAUUUUAAUAAUUCAGAAAAAAAAAUUAAAAAUGUUACAUGUAACUAAUGAGAGAGAGAGAAAUAUUAAUACUGUUCAGAUGAAGUAAUAUAAUGAAAUGUGACCAUUCUAGCUCAUUAUUCUGCUUGUAAAGCCUUUUUGUUUAUAAAUACAAAUCACUAUAAUAUUUAGUUGAGUUAAGGAAAAGAAAUGAGGAUAUUUAUCGUAUAAGCUAUCAGAGUAUGCUCUGGUAAAUGAAAUGCCUGUAAGGGUUCUAGUCUACUAUUCUCAAACCUCACAGAAAAUUUACAUGAUAAAGUUUCCUAUUUUUUGUUUAAAUUGUAUUUUAUCAACUACAGCCAUACAGUAGGUCAUGUUAUAUAUUUAGGAUAUUAAAUAUUCUCUGCAAGAAUAUUUUUUGUAAUAUAUAUAUAUAUGUAUGUGUGUGUUUGUAUGCAUAUCCAAGAAAAAUCUGUUUGAAGUUGAAAUUUUAAAAUCUUAUAAACAUCAUAAUUUUC